AUGGCCAUUCAUGCAGUUAAGCCGUAUGUGUUGUCAUCAUCAAUGGAACUAUGGGACGGGGACAAGGGCUGGGAGUGCACACAUAAAUUUGGGGUCUAUGGCAUGUGUAAACUUGCGUUUAACCCAGAGGACACAAACAGUUUUGCAGCAACGAUUCGGCAUUAUGUAGAGGUCUGGAGCCUUGAUUCUGCUAAACCCGACUAUACUCUCAUUGAGCAUUCCGAUAAAGUGAAGUGUCUUGCUUUCUUCAAACGUGGUGAUCGGCAGUAUUUGAUCACAGGCUCUAAUGACUGUACUGCCAAGAUAUGGGACAUGCAGAAAAGGAUGUGUAUUCAUACGAUUGAAGGUUUCAUGUCCCCCGUUAUGUAUGUGAUUUCCCUUCCCGGUCGCCCAUACCUAGUUACAUGCUCAAACAAUGACACUAUUCAUGUGUGGAGCUCCAUCGAUUUCAGGCUCAAGACAACUGUUAAUUUCAGUGGUAGUGGACAUGUUAGGGGUAUCGUAUGUUUGAUGGGUUCAAGAAGAGUUGCCAUUGGACAAAUGUCUGGAAUAUCAAUUAUGGAUAUCGAUGGCGAAGAGUAAGCAGUUGCUAGGGAGGGAAACAAUAGGGAUUGUGCGACUGGUCAAUCAACUAAUCCAUAACUAAUCUUCAUCCAUGUUAGGGAUGUAUCUAUAUAUCCCUAUUGUAUAACGGAUUCCUGCACAUUUACCACACUUGUAUAUGUAUUAGCCAUUGGCUCUUGUGAAUGUUACUUGUUCAUUACCAACAUGGUAUUGGAGCCCAACUAGGGUAGCCCACAUGUUGUAA